AUGCACGCUCUCUUAAACUUCAAGCAAAGAGUGACAGAUUCCUCAGGUGUCCUUUCCUCAUGGACAAUUGAAGUAGAUUGUUGUGAUUGGAAAGGAGUGAUGUGUAGCAACAUCACAAGUAGAGUCACUGGAAUCAGUCUCCCAUGUUCUACAACUCUUCCAAUUUACAGUGACGGAGAAGACAAAUUACAUUGCCUUACAGGUUCCAUUCACCUCUCCUUGUUGUUAGUGGAGUUGGAAUUUUUAGAUUACUUGAAUUUGAAAAACAAUGACUUCUUAGCAUUACAAUUUGAUUAUCUGCAUAAUCGUAAUUGUCAUAAUCUAUCUAUACCUACUUCUUCUCAUAGUCAGUGUAUCAACUCUUCAACCCUCCGUCAUCUUGAUUUAUCACUUAACUGGAAUCUUGCCAUCAAUAACCUUAAAUGGCUUCCCUACAUUUCCUCACUGGAAUAUCUUAACCUCCGUGCCAUUGAUCUUAGCAAGGAAAGUAAUUGGCUUCAAUUAGUGACCAUGCUUCCAUCACUUUCAUUCCUCAAUAUGCGUGCUUGUCGACUUAAAGACUUGAGUUUGUCUCUUCAGUAUGCUAAUUUUACUAAACUCGAAUUUCUUAGUCUUUCUGCAAAUGAAUUUAACUCAGAGUUGCCUAAGUGGUUAUUCAAUCUUAGUUCCACUAUCUAUACUUUAGACCUUAGCUCAAGUUCUCUAAUAGGACAUCUACCUAAGGACUUGUUAAAUCUUCGAGAACUAGAAGACCUGAUUAUGGAAGACAAUAACUUUGAUGGACCCAUUCCAGAUUGGUUAGGUGAUUUCGAACAUUUAGAAACUCUUGUUCUUGGAGUAAACAACUUUUCAGGAUCUAUUCCCACAAACUUGGGAAAUCUAUCAACCUUGACUACCUUGGACGUUGCCUCAAAUCCAUUGACAGGAGUUGUGUCUGAGAAAAAUUUUGCUAAAUUGUCGAAAUUAAAGGAACUGGACAUAUACUCAUUCCACGUUAAUCUUUGA